AUGCCUCACAAACACAAGAGACGCGGCGAAGCCGACAAAGCCGAAUUCAACCUCCCACCCACAGAGAUCGCAAAAGCACUUCCAGUGCGCGAUCUGAACAAGCCCAAGCCCAACAAGAACGGCAAGAAGGGCGGCAACAAGCCCCAAAACAAAGACCAAAACCAGAGCGCCAACAAAGCGCCCACUCACCGCCGCAAGAAUGCCGCCGAAGACGACACUCCCAAGGCAUUCCUCCGCCUGAUGCAAUACCAGCAAACCGGCCGACGGGCCCCGUCAGGACUCGAGACCGGCGAGCGCACUAACAAGCGCAAGCGCAAUGGCGAAGACACAGCGCAGUCAUCUAAGAAGACUGCCCGGGCGGAAUCACAACCCCAGCCCGCCAAGGAGAAGACUCCCGCCAAGGAGAAGACUGAAAUGCCCAAGAUCAUGCCCGGCGAGCGAUUGGCGGAGUUCGCGGCGCGAGUGGAUCGCGAAAUGCCAUUGUCGCAGAUGACCAAGUCGGUUAAGACGGGCGAUGCCAAGGACAAGGAGCAGCACAAGCAGACGAAGCAUGAGAAGCACUUGCGGCGGUUGCAGAGUGGUUGGCGUGAGGAGGAGGCUAAGAUCCGUGAGCGGGAGCAGGAGGAGCGGGAAGAACGUGAGGAAGAGAUGGAGGUUGAGUUGGCGCAGUGGAAGGAGUGGGAGCUUGAGGCGGCUGGGGGUAAGAAAAAGAAGGCUGCUGCACGGAAGAAGAAGAAGGGGAAGAAUGCCAAUGGGGGUGAUGCUGAUAGCGGUGAUGAUGAUCCUGAUCCUUGGGCGAAGCUGAAGAAGCGUGACGAGGAGCGGAAGAAGAAUCCGUUUGAGGUUGCGCAGGCGCCGCCUCAGUUGGUUAAGCCUCGUGAGAUCUUUAAGGUGCGCGGUGGGGCUAAGGUCGAUGUUGCCAAUGUGCCAGCUGCUGUUGGCAGUUUGAGGCGUCGUGAGGAGCUGGCCGGUGAGCGGAGGAAUAUUGUCGAGGAAUACCGGAAGUUGAUGGCCGCCAAGCGACAGGCUUAG